AUGGCAGUGGUACUCACAGUGCUGGUGUUAUUCUUAGCAGGUUUUGUUGCUGGAUUUAUACUGUUGGUCAUGGGGGCGAUUAAUUUUGAUUUUUCCAACUCAGAAAUUCCUCCUGGAGUGAACCAGCCUGCAAAGCUCCGAAUCAUUCAUAUAAUUUUAAUAAGCACAGCUGUGGUGGGAAAGAUUUUGGAAAACAUUGGCAUCUGCACCCAGGUGAGCUUUGUCCGGUACAUGCAAGGCAGAAAGACCCUGGGAGUGGACCCAAAGCUCUUCAUCAAGGAUCUGUGGUUUGAGAAGGUGCCUGUAAGGAUUUACCAGCCUAAGGCUCUGUCUGCCAGCCAGAGGAGAGGUGUUAUGUUUUUCCAUGGAGGAGGAUGGGUAUUUGGAAGUAUUGAGACCCACGAAAAGCUGUGUCGCUCUAUUGCCAGAGACAGUGACUCCGUGGUUGUAUCUGUGGGGUACCGUCUGGCCCCUGAGCACAAAUACCCCGCUGCCUACGAAGACUGCCUGAACGCCACCCAGCACUUCCUGCACCGCCUGGAGCACUACGGCGUGGACCCUGCCCGGGUCACUGUCUGUGGGGACAGUGCUGGGGGCAACCUGGCAGCUGCUGUGAGCCAGACCCUUGCAGGCAGGUCAGACCUCCCCAAACUGCGUGCUCAGAUCCUGCUCUACCCGGGCCUUCAGGCCCUGGACUUCAAUUUACCGUCUUAUCAACAGAACCGGGGAGUCCCUUUGUUAUUCCGAGAACGUGCUGCUUUCUAUGUAUUACAGUAUCUAAAUGGGAAUGCAACGAAUCUGGAAGAGGUCUUGGAAGGUUCCCAUAUUCCUAUAGACAUUAAAUUAAACUACCAAAAGUGGGUGAGUCCAGACAACAUCCCCGAGAAAUUUAAGGUCAGAGGCUACAAGCCGCGUGUGCUGCUUGACUGUACAACUGAAGUUUUUGAGAAGGUGAAGAGAUUCUGUGAGCCCAACCUGUGCCCUCUGCUGGCUGCAGACACAAUUCUUCAGCAGCUGCCAGAAUCUUUCAUCCUGACCUGUGAGUACGACGUGCUGCGGGACGACGGCUUGUUGUACAAGAAGAGGCUGGAGGACAACGGUGUCCGGGUGACCUGGUGCCACCUCGAGGAUGGAUUCCAUGGAAUCAUAAACUCCUUUGGUAGCGACUGGCUGUCAUUUCCAUCUGGAAAAAGGGGUCUUGACAACGUUAUAAACUUUCUGAAAAGCUUAUAGCGACAUUUUUCUUCGUUCCUGUAAGAAUUGCCAAAUU